UGAGUCCCGCUCGUACCUCGAUCGUUCUGAUCCGCCCUUGCGCGCCUGCGGGCGGGAGUAACGCCGAUCGCCGCAAUCGUGAAUGCGUUUAGGUCGGACUGUGAGGCCUUGUGUGGGUGGUGUUUAGUGAAGCGCCACAGUGCGACUGAGCGGUGUGGUAUGCGUGGUGGAUUUUGGCGGGUUGAUCAACAUCGCAACGUGCGAAAAAGAUUCGCGAGGCUGAGGGUCCCGCACAAGACGAGAAAGGUUGCGCUGUUUGCCUCAGUGGCCAGCCUGGGUGGAGUGAGCGCCAUCUUGCUUCGAUCGUCAGCUGGUUCGAAGCGAGCCGAAGGCACGAAUGAAGUCUCGAAGGCGAUCCAUCCUGAGCACGUCGGCCAUGAAGCAAGCUGCCUUCUCGGACGCUCUCCAUACCGAUGCAAGGCAGGAGAAGAGCAUGGUGGGAAGGGGCAGAGCGCAAGACGACCCCGUUGCGCGCGUCAUUUCCCGACUAAAUGCGGCGGCGAGCCAUGCCUGCAUUCGUAAGUCGUGACUGCCGCGCUCAGCUGGCCCGCAGCACGAACCCGAUCCGUCUCACGACGGGGGGAAAGUCUUGCGCUCACACGAUCAGUCACGAGUAUCAGCCUUGUGCUCCUUCAUCCUACAACCCUCUCUCCUCUCCUCUCCUCUCCUCUCCUCUCCUCUCCUCUCCCAGCAUCUCACAUCCGCA